GAGAUCAGUUGUGAAUUGUGUUGUUUUGUUGUGUUUCAGGUGGUUAUGGUUUAGUGACUUGUCCCUCUGGUGCUACUUAGCUCUUCCUCAUCCCCUAUUCCUACUCCUAUUACCACCCCCACCCUCCCUUCCCAUUUUAUUACUGCACAUUUUAUACUUACCCUGCCCUAGAUUACCUGAUCUCUCAUCCUGCAGUUGUUAUUAUUUGUAGUCAUUCUGUUCGUUUACCCUCUCUUGUUUUCAUCGUUAUAAUUAAUCGUUUUGCACAUACUCUAUCCACAAUCAAGUCCUGCUAUCGGAGCAGUCUGUCCAAUGGUGAAAGACAGCAUCGGAAUGUUAUCUCUAUAAUUUUGUUAUUUGUUCACAACAAGUAUUGCAAUGCUCUCCUCAAUUUGUGUCACGUUAUAUUGCCAAAUCGUUUAAUUUGCUCUUAUACUUCUGUCGGAACAGAAGUGCAUCGGUGCUCUCCUCAUCUGUCCUUCUGAGCUCAACUUGUCAUUCUUCUUUCUAUUCCAUCUUCUUCUUCUUCUUUUGCAACUGUUGCUUCCUCUGUGAGCAUGGGCUGCCCCCUGCGACUGAGGAGAUUGCGGGUGAGAGUGGGGACAAUGGGACUGCUUCCCCCCCGUUUCCUCUCCUCCCCCCUCCGACUCGCCCUCCUUCUCAUCCUCUCUGUGGCCACCCUUCUCUUCAUAUCACACUUGUACAUAUCUACACAUCCCCCCAAUCACAAUCACAAUCGAGCACACCCAAGCAGGCGUUUUAUGACUGAACUCAAUCUGCAGUGGGACUCUGACUACUCGGAUGACUUCCCACACGCACUAGGGGGUCAAUUGGGUAAAGGUGAAGGGGGUCAAGUGGGGGCGAGACAGAGGGGACAGCUGGACUUCCACACUAAGAGGGAGAUGGACAUGCGGGAGAAGAAGGAGUUGGAGACUGCGGCUGAGAGGACCAAACAGAGGCUUCACUUGGCUGCACUUGAGCACUCCCCUAACAGUCUCGUCAAUGGCACCUCGGUUGAGUUCGGAGACAAGUUGAAAGAGAUGCGUAGGAGUAACCCCUUGUUGGCCGGGGGCAUCCGGGACCUGAAGAGGGGGGCUUCGAGGAAGAGGGAACCUUUGCCCCCCAAGAGUGCAGAACCAGAAAGUGUGAGACAGCUGGAGAACCCGGAGAUGACCAAGUUCUUUGGCAAGUUCAUCGACCAGGCCAUGAAGAUCAAAGAGGGGAGGGAGGAAGAGUACCUGGAAGACUGUGGAAUCAAGAGGGGACAUGGGCCAAGUGCAUUCCACAGUGCCCUGGAUCGGGCCAAGACACACCAGUGCAAGGCAGAGAUAGCAGUGGUAGGAUGCAGUCUGACCAAAGCACAGUUGUAUCCAGCACCUCUCCUCAAGCCACUCCCCAACUACUGCCACUUCGAUGAACGGGAAAGAACUGAGCCUCUGAAGCUUCCUGGGCAACAUGUGAAUGGUCUGAUGGACAACAGACCCCCGAUGGAGACAGGGGGAGGGGCAGGGGCGGGGGGUGUGUUCAUAGUGUUUCUACUGCAGCUGAGUGGGCGGGGGGAGCGACAGGUGGAGAGACUGAUCAAGUCCAUCUACAGUGGCAGACACGCAUACCUUCUACAUGUAGACACGGACUCGGAGUAUCUGCACUCCUACCUGUCCCAGCUGGUGGCCCGCUUUGGCUCCCCUGGCAACAUCCGACUGAUGAAGAGCAGGUUCCAGACUCUGUGGGGCUCCUCACACCUGCUGCUGAUGCAGCUCGCUGGUUACCGGGAGGCCACCACCUUCUGGCCCCAGACUGACUUCGUCAUCAACCUCAGCGAGAGCGACGUCCGCAUCAGACCGGUGGAUGAGCUGGAGGGGAUGUUGAGUAUGAACAGAGGCAUGUCAUUCAUCACUGGGAUGAAGGCGGUAGCCAGGAGUCAGUUCAUGAAAAGACAGGGAGUGAACCAGACAUUCUACCAGUGCGACGGACACAUGUUCAGACUGUCUGCCAGGAGGGUACCGUAUGGAGUUCGAUUCUCAGGGGGCAGUGACUGGUUCGUGUUGGCACGCAACUUCAUAGACUACUUGCUACAUGCUCCCCCCGAGGACCAACUGGUGGACCCCCUUAGCAGAUUCUACUCUUUCUCACUACUCCCCUCCGAGUCGUUCUUUUCGACCAUAGUGAAGGCGUCUCCCAUGUGCAACAGAGUGAGGCCGACCGACUUGAAGUUCGCCAACUGGGCCAACAAGACUGGCUGCACCUGCAGUGAGAAGAGCACAGUGGACUGGUGUGGCUGCUCUCCCCUCGUCAUCCGCAACAUAUCCACCUUCCCAAUCUACCAAUCAGACAUCAAGUCUUCCAACAUGUCUAGACGACCUCGCUUCUUCGCGCGCAAAUUCGACUCGACAAUUUCACUGUCAGCCAUCAAUGAGGUGGACACAUCUCUGAAUGAGCGAAUAGGCACCCCCUUGUCCCCAUCAGUGGGAGAGGGAGGGAGUUGGAACAGCUACUGGCUCAACUUCUUCCACCACUCAUUCGACAGAGUAGAAGUGAAGAAGAGUGUGACCACCCCCCUCAAGUACAUCUCAGCCGCCAUCAUCAUGCAACACCUGCCCCCUCACAUCAUAGCCCCCCAUCACUCCCUCCCAGAAGUGGAGGCGAAACAAAUGCGAGCAGACCACUUCUACUCUCAUGACAAGUAUGUGGGGGAUGUGAUCACGCUCUCCCUCUCUACCUCCUCGUACAAGCAGCAGGGGGAGGGGGAGGGAAAGGGGAACGUUGUGAUGGUGCAGACUCUGGUGACUCGGAAGGAGAGGGAGAAGGAGAACUACUUUGACCCACAGAUAUUCACUUCCUACGCCCAGGUGACUACUCACUUCGACAGCAAGGAGAAUGUGUCUCGCAGUAGUAACAACUGGGUGACCCAAUGGGACUCCCUCGUUACCCUGUUUGUGGGCUUCAGGAGGGACUUUGUGAGGAAGAUACCCCCCAUUGCAGAGCACCAGUACCCUUUCUCAGUUUUCCUCAGUCAGGUCGGGGGAGAUGACCCACCCACCUUCGAGGGAGAGCACAAGACACAGCACCUGAGUGUAAUGUUCAAACAACAGUUUCAGAUCAAGUUCACAUCCAAUUGCACUCGACACGAGUGGCUCUUCGAGGUGUUUGACCCUUCAGACAGACUGGUGUUGAAGCAGCACUUCAUGGUGUUCGGAGAUAGAGCAAAGAGGAGUUCACUGGAGACAUACUUCUCUCUAGAGGACUCAUGCAUCAUAUCAGCCCCUACUCCUACUACAGACACCACACACGUCCAGUCGGAUGAGUCAUGUGCAAAUAAACACUGGAGUCUCUUCUAUCCAGACCCGAAAAGUGCAUUUGUGCCAGACAGACACGUCAUGUUAUGAACAAAUUAAGAAACGUGACCACUAUCGGAAAAAUGUUCGCUUUGUACUCCGGAAAGCGUUUGAUCCAAUAAACUAAAACUCAAAGCUAAAACAAAGCUUACGCUGCAAAUGUAGAAUACAAGGUUUUUCAAUUAAACUAGUGGCUUGAA